AUGUUGACGAGAAAUCUGUUUCGAACUUCGGGAAAGGUGAGUUUUAGGUUGGUAAAAUACGGCGUGGAUUCUUUUUUUGCUAUUUUUUAAGCCUAUUGUCACUCUGUCGGGAAAAUAAUGUGGAUUUGCCGCAACCGCGUACCAAAUCUAGCUAGCCAUCACAAAGCGAUAAUGGGCAAUUCUAAGGCAUGACAAAUCCACAUUAUUUUCCCGACAGACUGAUAAUAGCCUUAAAAAUAUUGAAGAAUAUUAAAAUCAUCAUUUUCCCCGUAUAUUUUAGCUGAUUACCGGCCUUCGAAACUUGUCCCUACACGAGCAUUAUGGCCAUGAACUUUUGAGGAAGGCCGGCAUCAGUGUCCCGGAUUUUGGCGUUGCUGCAACGGCAGAUGAAGCGUUCGAAGUGGCGAAGAGGAUCGGCGGCGGAGACUUGGUUCUGAAAGCGCAGGUUUUGGCCGGAGGCCGAGGAAAAGGCCACUUCGACUCGGGAUUACAAGGAGGAGUCCAGAUUUUGGAGAGGUAAAAAGGAGGACUAAAACAUGCGGGCUUGAAGUUGAUCUUUUAAGCUCUUUUUAGCCAUUGCUUUAACAAAAUUCUUUUUUUGUGGAAACAUUACCCAAUACAGUAGAAACGGGCAAGAGACUUUUAACCCAAAAUUCCAAAAGAGAGGAAAAAAGUUUCCAAAUUUCGGCCAAAAAAUCUCCGUAGUUUCUGCAAAGCUCAAGUCAGGGGUCUCACAAAUGUAAAGGCUCCAUUUUCAGUCCAGAAGAAGUGAAAGAAAAAGCGGCCCAAAUGCUCCACCACAAGCUGAUUACCAAGCAGACUGGGGCUGUUGGCAGGAUCUGCGAGAAGGUUAUGGUGGCCAAACGACUUUAUCUUCGGAAAGAGUACUACUUCAGCAUCGCGUUGGACAGAGAGAGCAAUGUGAGUUAAAUUUUUUAAAGUUUUUUUUUCAGAUUUUUUUUUGUUUUCGAAAAACAAGAAAAUUUGAAAGAUCACGGAACAUUUUGCAAACAACUGAUUAAACAUCAUAAGCAACAAGAUAAAAUAAGAUAAAAUGAUGUAUAUAAUGGCUGUUUUGUAAUAUAAAGCGGGAGAUAAAAGAUUUUCUGAAAAAUUUUUGAAAUUUUUCUGUUUUUACUUUUUUUUUAAAAAAAAAGUAAAUUUUGAAAAAUUUCCGGAAAUUUUCGAUUUCGGAGAGUCAAAAAACAUUCUUACUCCGAACGACAAAUUUUUGGAAAGUUGGAUCAAAAAUGGCUCGCCAAAAGGUCGAUCCGCAAAGUUGAAACAAAAAUGGCUCGCCCAUUUUGGCUGGUGAGUAGGAUGCCGUUUUUACUCACCUGCACGCCAAUUUAUUUUCUUCAAAACUAUUUUUGCGAGCUGCGCCCGGGAAUUCCAGAUGUGUCAAAUUUCUCUCUCCCGGAAGAAACGUUUUGAUUUUUUUUGAAGUUGUGAAUCUAUUUUCUCCACGAAGAUGGGCUGAAAAGUGAUCAAGUAAGUUAGCAUUAGCAAGAGGAGAUGUACUUUUUUCAGUUGACACCAAAAAUUUUCCUUUUAUUUCAGAGAAAGGUACAAAUUUUUUCCAAUUCGUAAAGCUUCAUGACCAUGGAUAAUGUAAGUGCGCUUAUCGCGUUUUUUGUUCCGUUAUUGGAGUUAACAGUUCUAGGCUGGCGAGUUCUAGAGGACACCUCACUUUAGUUUUGUUAUAUACUCUAUCUAUCAAACGCCACCAAUUUCGAUUUCUAGGUGUCAUGUACAAUAUCGAAAUCCGCUCAGAUCUGCCGGAUUUUUGCCACGAAUGCGUUCUAAACUGAGGUAAUAACGUAAUAAGGCUCAAAUAACGUUGUUACAAUAACUUGAAGAUAGUUUGCAUAGGUUUUACUUUAGUAUAACAUACUUUUGGAAAGUUAGUAUAGUAUUUGAAACUUUUACGUCGUUAUUCCUCAAAAUUUAUGGGGUUUCAUACAUGGAGAAUAUACAUGAGAGUGGGGUCUCCUCUAAACGUUUCCCGACUUAGAAUCUUGACGUCGUAGCAAAAAAGGAGAUAAUCUCACUUACAUUAUCCAUGGUCAUGAAGCUUUACGAAUUGGAAAAAUUUUGUACCUUUCUCUGAAAUAAAAUGGAAAUUUUUGAUGUCAAAUGAAAAACGUACAUCUCCUCUUGCCAAUGCUAACUUACUUGAUCACUUUCCAUCCCAUCUUCGUGGAGAACAUAGCUUCACAACAUCGCACAAACGUAAAAAUAAUUUUUUAAGAAGAGAAAAACUUGACACAUCAGGGAAAGACUUGGCAUCAACCUUGCAACCUGCAGUGCGGGGCCAAAAAGAGGAAUAAAGUAAAAACAAGCUCUGACUUUCGGCGACUCCGAGCGGGGAGUAAGAUCCGGUCCUACUCCCGACCUUGAAGUCGGAAAGCCAGAAACAAAAUUGACUUUUUUUUGCAUUUUCCUUGAAGUAAACUGAAAAUUUACUUUUUUUUUAAAAAAAAAGUAAAAACAGAAAAAUUUCAAAAAUUUUUCAGAAAAUCUUUUAUCUCCCGCUUUAUAUUUUGAUCGUUUUUAUCACUUGAAACAGAAUGCCAAGAAAAAAAUUUUGGCGGUAGUUUUGAAAUUUGAAUUUUUUAUUCCACUCUGAUGGCGAUAAAGUUGUCUAGUUACCUUUGUAACACUUAUUUCACAAAAAUCUUGUCGUUUUUACUGCUUGCAACAGAAUGCCAAAAAAAAUUUUUUGCGGGAAAUUUGAAAUUUGAAUUUGCUAUCGAUCCAAAGUGAUCUUCAGGAUAUACAAGAAUAUAUGUCAUGUCCGCCCUUAUUUUACACUCAUUUUUUCAGAGUCCAAUUCUUAUUGGAUCCAGCCAGGGAGGCAUGAACAUUGAGGAAGUUGCGGCCUCAAGCCCUGAGGCAAUCAUCAAACAACCGGUCGAUAUUAACACCGGGAUUACCGACGAACUCGCUCUGGACGUCGUUCAGCGUAUGGGAUUUAAAACCAAAGCCCAACAACAGGCGGUGGACACGAUCAAAAAACUUUACGAACUGUUUUUGAAGUCGGACUGCAGUUUGUUGGAAAUCAACCCGUUGGCGGUCGAUACGAAUGGCCAAGUGGUCUGUAUGGACUGCAAGAUCAAUAUCGAUGCGAAUGCCGCCUUCAGGCAAAAGGAAUUGUAUUCGCUGAGAGAUGAGGCGCAGGAAGAUCCAUUGGAAGUUAGAGCUCAUAAAGCCAACUUGAACUACAUCAAAUUGGAUGGAAAUAUUGGAUGUUUAGGUGAGAAUUGGUGGGACUGAAGACAAUGUAAGAUUGGUCAAGGGUUUUUCUUUAGAUACAUAUAUGGGGAGAAAAUCUAUGUUGACAAGAGUUUAGGUAUGAGAUAUGCAAAACCAAAAAAACUUGCUGAUUUUUGGAGGUCUCUGUUCAAAAGUGAAUAGCUAAAAAAACUUUAUCAUGAUAGGAAAAACGAGGAAGGCUGUGCAAAAAAACAUGCCCAGUUUGUUGCGUAAAAUGCAUUUUUGAAGUCAAAAUUGGCCUACAAGAAUUUUUAAUAUACGUCUGUGUACCUUCUUCCUUCUCAAAACAUAUUUUCAAAUUUCAGUGAAUGGCGCCGGUCUGGCUAUGGCUACCAUGGACAUUAUCAAACUUCACGGCGGAGAACCCGCCAAUUUCUUGGACGUUGGCGGCGGAGCUACGGUGGAUCAAGUAACGGAGGCCUUCAAGAUCAUUACGAACGACGCUUCGAAGGUUGACGCGAUUUUGGUCAAUAUUUUUGGAGGAAUCAUGAGAUGUGACGUCAUCGCGCAAGGAAUUAUCCAGGCGGCCAAACAGCUGGAACUCAAGAUCCCAAUCGUGGUCAGAUUGCAGGGUAAGGAAGGGGAAAGCGAGAGGUGGUAGUGUGGUUACAGGACAAUGCGUAUUUUAGAGUAAAAUUGGGCGUAAAAGUGAUUUAGGUGGUGUUAGAGGUGUUUUUAGGCUAAAAUAAGGUUUUUGAUGAGAAGUGUGAUAUGUAAGGGGAAAAUGCUUCUGUUGUUUGUUGACCAGGCACCUUGACGUUCAAUAUAAAUUAGUUGACAAGUCAAACCCAAUGUUUUCAAAACCGAUUUUAUUGAUUUAUUUUUGAAAAUCAUCAUUUUUAUCAGAAAUUUAAAAGAAAAUUGAAUAUUUUUUUGAGCUUUUUUGACAAGUAUAAGUUGCAAUACCUCCUAAAAUUGACUGUAAACUAUUACACAAGCUCUUCUCUUACUUAGGUCUUACUUUCCACCCCUAAUAUCACAUUUUUUUGCAAAAAAAUCCAAAAAAGUAAAAAUACUCCAAUUUCAUUUGAUUCCAGGAACCCGAGUUGGAGAUGCCAAAGCUCUCAUCUCCCAUUGCAACCUCCGAAUCUUGCCUGUGGAUUCGCUGGACGAAGCCGCGAAGAUGGUUGUGAAACUUUCCAGCAUUGUUGAACUUGCCAAAGAAGCCUCGGUGAAUGUCAAUUUUGAAUUAUCGAUCUAG